CGUGUCUUCUGGUAAAUGUCCGACAAAUAAAAUCUAUCUGUGAAUUUUCAGUUUUGUCGGAAAAAGCAAUGAGAAAGAGAAAUCAAUUUCUCUUCUCUUCAUCCAUUAAUUAAUUAUUACUAUAAUUAUAUCAUUUUUCCAUACAAGUUCAAAGGAGAAGCAACAGAUGAUUAAGUUUGAACCAAGAGGCUUGUCACUUUGAAGGUCAGGUUCAGCUUUUAGUAUCAUAUUCAAGUACAUGCCAAGUUGCAAACUCGAGUAAUUGUCAGCAAAUAGCGAUUUAGGUUGCUGCCUGAUAUGUGGAGAUCUAUUUCAAAUGCCAUCACAAGCUUUGGACAGAAGAAGGAAUGUGGUGAGCCCAGUCGAGCUUGCCAUGAAUGCUCAGAUGAAGAUGAUGCCUAUUCUAAUGUCAGCACCGAGGAAGGCCUUGAAUGCCCAAUAUGCUGGGAGUCCUUUAACAUUGUCGAAAAUGUCCCUUAUGUCUUGUGGUGCGGUCACACACUUUGCAAGAACUGUCUAUUGGGACUUAAGCCAGCUUCUUGGAAGUUCUCCACUCAACAGGUCCAGAUUCCAUUAUUCAUUUCCUGUCCAUGGUGCAAUAUGCUGACAUUUCGGUUGCCGUUCAACGGGAAUCUCAAAUUUCCUAGCAAGAAUUUCUUCCUCCUCUGGAUGGUGGAAAGCAGAAACGGCGACAGGGUGAAGUCUCCAUCUUCCAUAUGUAGGGAUCAUCAACAUGAGUGGUCCCUAAGGUGCACUUCAGUUACGGGGAACAACACCUCCGUCCUGAACAGCAGGAGGGUACAUCGUCUAGGAUCUCCAGGGUCUAGCACCGGUACUACUGGUACCCCUGCAUCACAGAGGGCACACUUUUCUCUUCACAAGUCCCUCGAUUUCUUUAUCCGCGUUACAUCCAAGUUUCCAUUAGUUAUCGUGCUUCUUCUACUUGUUAUGUUCGCGAUACCUUCCUGUGCAGCCGUCCUAGCACUCUACUUACUGAUCACAAUUCUCUUUGGACUUCCAUCUUUCCUAGUAUUGUACUUUGCCUAUCCUGCUUUAGAGUGGCUGGUUAAAGAGAUCACAGCUUGAAAUGUUCUCUUUCAAUUUGUUUGAGAAAUUCUCUCAUAUCAAGGAAGGUGUAAAUUUCUUGUUUCUUAAGGGGUCUAAUAUUUUAGUUUUUAAUUUGCAGAGACUAUUGAACUAAUAAUAUGUUAGUUCACAGAUCCAUUCACAUAUUCUUUUUCCUACCAAAAUUGCACCAUAAAGAAGCUUUGUGGUUCUUUGUGUUGAUCCAAGAUUUGAACUUUAUGGGUUCGGAUUCGGAAUUCUACCACAUCCCAUCUAAUUUAUCGGAUUCAUAAUUUAUUAUUUGUACUUAUUGAAUUUUUAAAGUAUUAUAUAUACAUGGUCUAGCUAAAGUUGCUAGGUCCGGAUGAACCUGUAGCUUAUUCACUAGAUCCGCCCGUUGUUGCUGAAUUGAAGCAUAGAGAAGUCAGCUUGGUGGUAACUUAGAUUAGAUUCUUGGAUUUUCUUAAUACAGUUUAGGCUGGUUAGAUUAGUGAUGGUUUAGAAGAAUUUGCGUGAAUAAGAAAAUAUGGUUUGUCUAUCAUUUUUUUUUAUGCAGCUAUGUUCCAUUUCUUGAUGUGGUUUGAGCUAUUGUAAUCAUCUCCCAGGAAUUAAACAUCUUAUUUUAGAGAUCUAUCAAAAGAA